ACUGGGCGCUGGAGCCGCGCGCUCGCCCGCGGGGAGCCGAGCGCGCCGCCGGGGCCAGCCAGCCGCGCCGUCCGAGCAGCGCGGAGCGGAGCCCUAGCCCGAGCCGGGAGCCGCCUGCCGGGCGCGGGGCGCGGGGAGCAACGCGGGGCCGGAGCGGAGCACGCGAGCUAUGAUGUCGACCUACAAGCGGGCCACGCUGGACGAGGAGGAGCUGGUGGACUCGCUGUCCGAAGGCGAUGUGUACCCCAACGGCCUGCAGGUGAACUUUCACAGCCCCCGGAGCAGCCAGAGGUGCUGGGCCUCGCGGACCCAAGUGGAGAAGCGGCUGGUCGUGCUGGUGGCACUUCUGGCGGCAGCACUGGUGGCCUGCUUGGCAGCGCUGGGCAUCCAGUACCGGACAAGAACCCCCUCGGUGUGCCUGAGCGAGGCCUGCGUCUCAGUGACCAGCUCCAUCCUGAGCUCCAUGGACCCCACAGUGGACCCCUGCCAGGACUUCUUCAGCUAUGCCUGUGGCGGCUGGAUCAAGGCCAACCCUGUGCCUGACGGCCACUCACGCUGGGGCACCUUCAGCAACCUCUGGGAACACAACCAAGCCAUCAUUAAGCACCUCCUGGAAAACGCCACAGCCAGUGUGAGCGAGGCAGAGCGGAAGGCGCAAGUGUACUACCGGGCGUGCAUGAACGAGACCAGGAUCGAGGAGCUCAGGGCCAAGCCCCUGAUGGAGCUGAUUGAGAAGCUCGGGGGCUGGAACAUCACAGGUCCCUGGGCCAAGGACAACUUCCAGGACACCCUGCAGGUGGUCACCGCCCACUACCGCACCUCGCCCUUCUUCUCUGUCUACGUCAGUGCUGACUCCAAGAACUCCAACAGCAAUGUGAUCCAGGUGGACCAGUCUGGCCUGGGCUUACCCUCAAGAGACUAUUACCUGAACAAAACUGAAAACGAGAAGGUGCUGACUGGCUACCUGAACUACAUGGUGCAGCUAGGGAAGCUGCUGGGUGGGGGCGACGAGGACGCCAUCCGGCCCCAGAUGCAGCAGAUCCUGGACUUCGAGACGGCGCUGGCCAACAUCACCAUCCCCCAGGAGAAGCGCCGGGACGAGGAGCUCAUCUACCACAAAGUGACGGCCGCCGAGCUGCAGACCUUGGCACCCGCCAUCAACUGGUUGCCCUUUCUCAAUACCAUCUUCUACCCUGUGGAGAUCAAUGAAUCCGAGCCUAUCGUGGUCUACGACAAAGAAUACCUCGAGCAGGUGUCCACUCUCAUCAACAGCACUGACAAAUGCCUGCUGAACAACUACAUGAUCUGGAACCUGGUGCGGAAAACAAGUUCCUUCCUCGAUCAGCGCUUUCAGGAUGCCGAUGAGAAGUUCAUGGAAGUCAUGUAUGGGACCAAGAAGACCUGUCUUCCUCGCUGGAAGUUUUGUGUGAGUGACACAGAAAACAACCUGGGCUUUGCCCUGGGCCCCAUGUUCGUCAAAGCAACCUUCGCCGAGGACAGCAAGAACAUAGCCACUGAGAUAAUCCUAGAGAUCAAGAAGGCAUUUGAGGAAAGCCUGAGCACCCUGAAGUGGAUGGACGAAGAGACCCGGAAGUCGGCCAAGGAGAAGGCGGACGCCAUCUACAACAUGAUAGGCUACCCCAACUUCAUCAUGGACCCCAAGGAGCUCGACAAGGUGUUCAAUGACUACACUGCAGUGCCAGACCUCUACUUCGAGAAUGCCAUGCGGUUUUUCAACUUCUCGUGGAGGGUCACGGCCGACCAGCUCAGGAAAGCCCCCAACAGAGAUCAGUGGAGCAUGACGCCGCCCAUGGUGAACGCCUACUACUCGCCCACCAAGAAUGAGAUCGUGUUUCCGGCCGGGAUCCUGCAGGCACCAUUCUACACCCGCUCCUCACCCAAGGCCUUAAACUUUGGUGGCAUCGGUGUCGUCGUGGGCCAUGAGCUGACGCAUGCUUUUGACGAUCAAGGGCGGGAGUACGACAAGGACGGGAACCUCCGGCCGUGGUGGAAGAACUCGUCCGUGGAGGCGUUCAAGCGCCAGACGGAGUGCAUGGUGGAGCAGUACAGCAACUACAGCGUGAACGGGGAGCCGGUGAACGGGCGGCACACCCUCGGGGAGAACAUCGCCGACAACGGGGGCCUCAAGGCUGCCUACCGGGCUUACCAGAACUGGGUGAAGAAGAACGGGGAUGAGCAGACGUUGCCGACCCUGGGUCUCACCAAUGACCAGCUCUUCUUCCUGGGGUUUGCACAGGUCUGGUGCUCUGUGCGCACGCCAGAGAGCUCCCACGAAGGCCUCAUCACCGACCCGCACAGCCCUUCCCGCUUCCGGGUCAUCGGCUCCCUCUCCAACUCCAGGCCGUUCUCCGAACACUUCCGCUGCCCGCUCGGCUCCCCCAUGAACCCGCGUCACAAAUGUGAAGUCUGGUAGGGGCGAAGCACAGAGAGCCGCGACAGAGGAGGGGAGGGGCUGAGGACAAAGCCCUGGGUGGGGGGACAAGUGUGCCCCCCACCCAGCCUCCCGGGCUCCGCCCAGCCUGCUUGGCACCCAGGGCCCGUUCCCUGCGCCGGAGGGUUUCCACCUGGAACGGAGCCCAUGCUGCAGGCUCUCAGCGUAACCUGAGAUUUGUCCCCUCUGAAGACCCUGACAGCCCAGGCACACAGGCAUCCACUCCAGCGGGCAUUUGGUGUCAGGCUGGCGGCUCACCUUGCCGGGGCCCCACGCCGACAAGGGCCAGAUACACCACAGAUACCACUGUGUCAAAUGCUUUCAAUAUAUAUUUUUGGGGAAACUAUUUUUUAAACAUUGUGGAAUACACUGGAAAUCUUCAGGGAAAAAAAUGCAUUUAAAACACUUUUUUCUUUUAAGGAAAGGAUUGGUAUAUUUAUUAUGUUUCGUUUUUCUAAACGACCUGUGGACAAGGGAAGCCCGGUGAUUAACUCCCUCUCUUCCACGCUCACUGCGAAAUGAGGCUGGGCUGAGGCGGGGAUCACUGAGCAGGUCCCCAAGUCAGAGGGCUGCCGCAGCCCUUGGGGUGUGCUGUAUCAGCCCCUGUCACCUGGUGGGGACAGGAGAGGCGUGGUGGCCAGGCAGAGGGGGGAGCCAGCUCAGGGCGGGCCAGGGCACCAGGUGUGGGCCCUCCCUGCCCCUCUCAGCUUGCCUGCCCCUGUCCCCAGAGUCCGACAGUGGGAACUCCAGCAAGGAAGUCUGAUCCCCAGAGUCACAGCAGGGGACUAUGGCUGUGGCAGACUCAGGCCAGGUCAGGGUCCUUCAACCCCAUCUGGGGGCACUGAGCACCCUGGAUCCCGCCCACAGGAGCCCUGUGGGGCUGAGACUCCCCCAUGAGAUGUACACGCUGCGUCACAGAUGUCUUCUUUCCUUCCCUCCUCUUUCGGCCACCCCAUAGCUGUCCCAGGGGCCUGUUGCCUCUCUGUAGCAAUCCCCCCAUCCCAGCCACUUCGGGGCCUGGCUGACCCUCUUCCCCAGGGGAAGGAGAAAAGAGAAAACAGUGCAUCUCCUGCAGGGCCCACACCCUGCCCCUGAGCUCCGUCCCCGCCGGCCCGGCCUGGCUCCCAGGACCAGUUCUCAAGUGCCUUACCUGAGGCCGCGGCCCAGGAGACAGCCCUUGCCCCCAGAGACCCCUUGGCCUCCUCAGUGUAGCCCCUAAGUGUCCUGACUGGAACACAGGCCAUAGUCCCGCUCCCAGUGCCCACAGGGCCACCAUCAUGGCAGCCCAGGAGCUCUGGCCUGCAGGUUGGUGGCCCCAGAUGUCAGGAGUCCAAGGAACAGCUGAACUUGCCCUGGGCUCCCGCCCCGGUUGGCCCCUUGGGUUGAAUUAAGGCAGUGCUCACCGCUAGACAGACUCCUCUCCUUUGGGGAUGCUCUUAGCCGAGGAAGGUUCUCCAGCCCAGUCUGGCCUGCAAACCGGGACUGGCGUCCCCCUCCCUGAGACCACAGCUUCUCCAGCGUUAGGUUCGUGAGCUCCACCAGGCGGACCACCUGUAGCGUCCAGCGCUGUUCUGUGGGGAAGCAGGACCUGUCACCGAGGCAGACAGAGACCACCACAGCCACAGCUCUCCCACCUGGCAGCCGGCCUCUGGCCAGGCCCUGUCCCCACAGUGCACUCCGCUCACCCCGGAAGCCAGACGCCUCCUUGCCGGAGAGGAGCGGACAGCCCCGUGAGCGUCCUCCACCUUCGGAUGAGCCUCAGGGCUGCACAGGGGUGUUGGAGGUGGAUUCCAGAUGAGGGCCCUGGUCCCCACACGUGGCAGUCCUGGUAGCUCUUCAGAGGAAAGAUGGGACAGGGACCAGAGAAAGCCAGAGCCAGGAGCCGGCCACAGGCACCUUGUCACGUAGGGAUGGGCCUUUCCAGCCCUGGCUUGCGCUCUGGGCCCCCUCGCCCCCACCUCCUGCCUUCCCCUUGGAGGGGGGCUGUCUGGGAGACCUCCCAGUGGGGAGCAAGUGUCUGCGGCUGGGGUACAGCCCAGGGAAUGCAGGCGGCUCUCACUGCUCAGAGGUGCUGGGGUUGGCAGGGGGGAGGGGAGCAGAGGGCCCAGGCCUGGCAGGGGUGAAAGCAAAGGAACCGUCCUCACUGCCACUGCCCCCUCCAGAGCUUCUCCCUUAGGCCCGGGAGCCACGGGGCUGGCGUCUCUGUGGGUAUGCAGACAUGGGGUUGAAAGCUGGGAAUCUAUUUUUCGUAUUAUUUUGUUUCGUGCUACUGUAGUUUGGGUGUGGCACUAUUGUAAUUGGAAUAAAGUACUUGUACCUAGG